CAUGAUUUUAAAUGGAUAGUGUUGCUUGGUAUUGCCCUGGUAUUGCCGAUUUGCAAUCGAUUCUGACCGAUGAUUCUGACAGAUGGGAUACAAUGAACUGGUCAUUGUUUGGUGGGUUUUCGAAAUGGCCUAGUUUUUGUUGAAAAAUCAUUGGUUUUGUAUGAGAAUUUUGAAAUUUAACUAUGCUGUUAUGUUGGUUGAGCUAAUGUGCAUUUUGACAUAUACAUGCUUCAUACAAAGUAAUUAAUUUCACCCUUAUAACCUUUGCUAUCUCAGGUGGGAUGACUUGACUGUCUGUCAAGCAAAUUCACACUCUGUUAUUUUUUAAGAAACAAUUUCUUAUAAUGGUGAAAAAGCCAUGGAGAAAAAUCUUGUACGAAGAACAAAAUUACCCAGAUAAUUAUGUUGACGAGUCUUUCCUGUAUGAACUGAAAAAAAAUGUAUACACAAGAAACUAUCAUUUCUGGAUUGUCUCCAAUGAAGCUGGAAGAGUUUCACAACAAUUUAGCAGUUUGUGUCUGUUUGUGAUGUGUUUUGUGUACAUGAAGCAAGAGUGUAUUUCACCAUCUGUACUGUUCUUGAUGUCAGUAAUGGUGACCUCGAUCUCUUACUUUAUUUACCUGUUUAUCAGUUGGGAAGGAACACAGAUGAAAGUGCAAGAUGAUCUCAAGAGUUUUGUUCUGUUUCUUGCAUUCUCAUUUGGACUCUCUCCGAUAUUGAGAACAUUAACAGAUUCCAUUAGCACAGAUACUAUUUAUGCCAUGACGAUCUGUAUGCUCGGGAUGAAUCUAAUAAUGCAUGAUUACGGAGCUAGUGGAGCCAUAGUAUCGAAGGCGGCAUCUUUGAAUACAGCGAUAUUUGGUUCUGUGUGUCUUGCUUCGCGACUUCCGUCGUCGUGGCAUGCUUUUGUAACCGUUAUACUUGCUGUGGAGAUUUUUGCGUUGUUUCCCGUGUUUCGUGAAACUUUAAAGACAUUUUGCCCCCGCAGCCAACCUUUCAUGACUUGGAGUUUGCUACUCAUAGCUCUUGUGUCUGUUCUGACCAUAUCUCUUUUGGCGGGUGUAUUUUUUGUGCUUGCACAAAGUGCUCUGAUGUUCCUGUGUCCUUAUUGGCUCGUUCGUCUUCAACGAUAUAAAGAUAACAUACACGGUCCAUGGGAUGAAGCUGUGAUAUCUACUUGACAUUCGUAACCUGAGGUGGAAAGCUCAUGCUACUGUGAAAUGAAAGGAAGGAUGACGUUAAGUCAAGAAUUUUCUUGUGCUUUAUUCCAGGGAUGGAUCCAAUAUAAUUUUGCAGGGGGGUGCUUUAGUUUUUUUAAGAUGCUGUUUGGUCAGUCUAGUUUAGAUUAGAUUUCAGUGGCUCUCUUUUGUGGGUGUCGUUAUGUCAUUCACAUGUCAUAGUUUUUGUGGGUUUGACUUGAAACCUUGGGAAAUGUGUAAUUUGACGGUUGUUUUAGCUUAAUCGGUUGGUAUAUUUAUACUUUGUGUGGGGGAAUUUGAACCUCCCUGAACCCCGUCCAUUCAAGGAUUGGGAGGUGCGCACCCCGUGCACCCUCUCCGUAAUUCAAUUCCUGCUUCAUCCUGUUUUUAUAUGGCAAUUGUUUAAGUAUUUUUUACACAUUAAUUUUAUCCACUUGCUGUGAUUUGAUAAGAAAAAAAGGCAACGGAUUUUAACAUUGAAAAAACAUUUCGGCGAGCAAUCUCGAAAUUUCGAAUUAUUCCGAUGACAAAUAUUGUUUUAAAAAAUAUGACGGUGACCAUUGUCCAUUAUCAUUAUAAAUAUUUGACAAAAAAAUAAUCUUUUGAGGUAAAUUUAUGAUAGCUAUUUGUUUAAGGGCUUGUCCAACAAUACUUAACGCAUUUUUACCACUAAUAGAAAUAAAAAUAGAUACUUCAAUGUAA